AUGCUACGCAACUUGUUUGGAAAUGCCGGAAAUUGGGGAUCUACCCGUGAAAAGGAAAUUUUGAGACAACUGGUCGAAGAACAACAGGUGCUUUUGUAUUCCAAGGCACGUGAGCUACUGGAAUGGCUGCAGGAACUGUGGUAUAUUGCGGUUGAGGUGAAGCCCAAGCAAAAAGGCAAGAUCGCUGGCAGACAGUCAACCAAAAUGCCACCCAGCAGAGCACCAGAGCACACAACCACCACCUUCUUUGGAGCUCUCGGCAGCGAAGGCACCCACGAAGAGAGCGCCAGAGGCAAAGAGGGGCAAAAGUCGUGCCUGGAUUUUUAG